AUGUUAGCGCGCAUUGUCACUUCCGAAUGGGCGCAAUGCAAUACCCUGGCUGGCUCAUUCCGCCAUCAAACUAUAUUGAUUUCUCGUACUCGUUCUGUGCUGAGGCAACCUCAUUCAACCCGGGGAUUCCGGACUUCACGUAACCUGUUCGAGGAAAUUAAGGAACCCGGCUCUUUCCCGGUACAGGGACUGACUACAGAAGUAGCUCAACUUCAGUCAGCCAUGCUUUACCUGGACAACGUAUUCCCCCUUCGGUUGAAUAAACUUGAUAUUCGCCAACUACUAUUCCGGUCUACUCGCCAUUCUCUUGAAGCAAAAGCACAUAAAUCUAUACCCACUGAAGGCAUGCCUCAUAACUUCAAGAUUGCUGAUGUAAUUCCUAGAAAAAAGGAUGGAGGAGCUCUGGUAAAAUUCACAUUCACAAGCACUCCAUCUGAAAAAAAGGAGGCCGGAAAAGAAAUCACUUCAAAAGUCUUUAGCUACAUUGAGAAUCACAGCACUUUGGCUGCCUUCAACUUCCAGCCCAUGCGGGCCUUCUAUGUCAAAGGUCAACCGUUUUUGGAAGACUUGGUGGCACGCUAUCCAACUCAGCGCUUGCGGGUGGAAUUUCAAGGAAGCCCGGUGGAGAUUGAAAAGCUUUACAAGCAAAUGCGAACCUAUGGACGCAUACAUGAUAUAUCCAUGUAUCCAAACCCAAUCACAUCAAAAGACCCAGUACGAUAUGCAAUCGUAAACUUUACAAAAGUACGAUCGGCUACCAGUGCAAGAAACUGUCUACACGGCCAUGUGGUCGAAGGUACACGCCUUAACGUGUUGUAUGAACAACAACUGAACACCAACGUUGUAAAGGACUGGAUUGUUGGUCAUCCUCGUAUAAGUAUUCCCAUCAUCGCUGCUCUUGUGGCCGCAGUUACAUACGCCAUUUUUGAUCCGAUUAGAGUCUUCUUCAUCACCUCAAAGGUCACACACAGAUUCAACUUGGAUGAAUAUGCUUUCUAUCGUUGGUUGCGUAGUGAGACAUGGGCACGAUUGAUGCCAACCGAGCGUGAACCUGCUAAUCGCCAGUCCGUCUGGACAGAAGAUUCAGAACAGAUCGAGAGGCUCAAAUCCUGGGUGCAAGAGAAGCCUGAAACGUUUGGAAUCGUUUCGGGUCCAAAGGGUAGUGGAAAAUCAGCAUUAGUGAUGACCGCAAUGGAAGGUCGACGUAACAAGAUUCUGAUCGACUGCGAAGAGUUAUCAAAUGCACGCAACAAGUCUGAGCUCACCAAGAUGCUUGCUAAAGAAGUUGGCUAUUUCCCACUCUUCACAUGGAUGUCCUCCAUGAGUGGUCUGAUAGAAACACUCGUGACAGCAACCACCGGCCAAAAGGCAGGUCUCUCAUCAUCUCCUGACUCACAGAUCCAAGAUAUCCUUGAGACCUUGGCUAUCUCAUUGAGAGAGAUUGCGCCGAAACAAAAGUCUGAAAAAGAUCGAAAGGAGAAUCCUUCGGGAAGCAAGAGUAUCUUUGAUCGAUUGUUGGAAUUUAUAAACAGUUCUGAUGCCAAGGAAAAGAUUCACACUCUUGAAGAAAAGGCCAACCUUCAUUCCAACAAGGAAAAUAGCUACAACAAGGAGGACAUUCCUGUUGUUGUCAUCGACAACUUUAUGUACCGCGAAACCGCAAAGAACGCCAGUCUCUGGGAAGAAUUGGCUAACUGGUCGUCUAUUCUAAUUGAAAACGAAAUUGCUCAUGUAAUAUUUAUCACUGCAAAUCCUGGAGCCAGUAGACUAUUGAGCAGGGCUUUGCCUGGAAAGAGUUUCUCCACGAUCAUUCUUGCAGACGCACCUACAGAGAUGGCACUCAUGUUCGUUACCAAACAGCUUGGCACCGAUGAGGUUGAUGAGAAACUGUCUGGCAUUGUUGAUGCACUAGGAGGACGCUUGACUGAAUUAGAGCUGUUGACAGCCAAGAUUAAGGCCCACAUGGAACCAGAAGUUGCGUUUAACGAGAUUGUUAGUAGAAACAUAAUCGAGAUUCUCAAGUAUGGUCUUGGAGACGUAGCACAAUCUGCAGACAGCCGUGCAGAAUGGACUCCAUCUCAGUUCUGGGCCAUUGUAAAAGGUUUAUCAGACCAAACAAGUCUUAAUUAUGAUGAGCUAAAAUGGACCCCUCUCUUCAACGGGGAUGAAAAUCCGUUGAGAGAAAUGGAGCGAGCAGAAAUGAUUACAAUCGUUCACCACGAUGGCCGCCCUUACUCUAUUCGUCCUGGAAAGCCGGUGUUUUACACGGCGUUCAAGCGAUUGACAGCCGAUAGUGUGUUCGCCGCGUCUAUGGAUAUUGAAUACAACACUCAGCUCAGGAAGAUUGCCGAAACAAACAUUGCAAAGUACGAAGACAAUAUCAUUUCGUUGUCUAAUGUAUAUUACGGAAGACCUCCUCGAGAAAUCAACAACCGUAUCCGUGCCUUGUUAGCCAAGGUUGAGAAAACACAAAAAUUGAUUGAGGAAUAUGAAACCAACAUCAAUGAGGCCAAGAAGAUUAUCUCAAAGGAUUGGCAGGACGAAUAA